AUGGCCGCACAAGGUGUUGUGGUUUCUUGCUUCGAAUCACCUGCUACUCUAGUAUUUGAGGUCUCUAUCUCAUCGAUUCAUGAUGUUAGCACUACUACUUCUAUAUUAGCGACCGCACCUACUCCUACACCUGCUGUCAGUGCACCUCGUCCAAAGGAUCCUGUUGUGGCGAUGACACCUACUCCUGCUCUUGGUGUUAGUGCACCUACUUUGGAGGAUCCUAUUGUGGCAACCGCGCCUACUCCUGCUCCUGUUGUCAAUGCACCUGCUCCGGAGGAUCCUGUUGUGUCGAUUGCACCUACUUCCUCUGCAAGGCCUUUGUCUCCUAACUUCGACGCCCUUUCUACUUCUAAUGAGGCUGAGCACGACCCCGACUCUGGCUCUGACUUCGGUUUUGGUUCCAGGUUCAAGGUUUGUCCUUCUACCGCCACAACGACACCUCCUUCUUCUCCGAACUUGGAUGCCAAGAGGUAG